GCCUGGGGGGACCCAGCAGCAGCCGCAGCAGCGCCCCCCGGCCGGGCAGGGGGGGAUUCACCUCGGUUGUUGGCACAUGUUUGCUUGCUCGGAUAUCUGAAUGGUGGUGUUUUUUUCCUUUGAGAAACUUCUCCUUCCACCUCAUGCAGCUCUCCCCAUGCCCCAAGCGUGUGACUGGUGCCCAACGCGAUGUGUGUUUGUCAAACCAUGGAGGUGGGGAAGCAUGGCAAGAACACAACCCACGCAGGAGGCAGAGGGGUCCUGCUGGAGCCUUUCAUUCAUCAGGUGGGCGGCCACAGCAGCAUGAUGCGCUAUGAUGACCACACGGUGUGCAAGCCUCUGAUUACCAGAGAACAGCGCUUCUAUGAGUCCUUGCCUCCAGAAAUGAAGGAAUUCACACCCGAAUACAAAGGUGUGGUGUCUGUCUGUUUUGAGGGAGACAGUGAUGGCUACAUUAACCUGGUAGCAUACCCCUAUGUGGAGAGCGAAGCCUUGGAGCCAGAUGAUGUGCCAGAAAGGGACCAACCACGUCGUAAACACUCUCGCAGGAGUCUCAACAGGUCAGGCAGUACCAGUGAGCACAAAGAGGAAAAAGCAGGGCUGGCUUGUGACAACUCAGAAAGCAGCAUCCAAGAGAUGAAGAACCUCAAGAUGCAUUCAGAUGUUCCUUUUCAGAUGCUUGAUGGAAAUAGUAGCCUGAGUUCUGAAAAUAUCACCUACAACCCAUGGAGCCUGCGUUGCCACAAGCAACAGCUGAGCCGUAUGCGCUCAGAGUCCAAGGAACGUAAGCUCUACAAAUUUCUUUUGCUGGAGAAUGUGGUGCAUCACUUCAACUUUCCCUGUGUGCUUGAUCUGAAAAUGGGGACCAGACAGCAUGGAGAUGAUGCUUCUGAAGAGAAGGCUGCUCGACAGAUGAAGAAGUGUGCACAGAGCACCUCGGCCUCACUAGGUGUACGAGUUUGUGGAAUGCAGGUAUACCAGCGGGAUACAGGGCAUUAUUUGUGCAGGAAUAAAUACUAUGGCAGAGGUCUUUCCACUGAGGGUUUCCGCAAUGCUCUCUACCAGUAUCUGCACAAUGGUAUAGAGCUACGAAAGGACCUCUUUGAGCCCAUCCUUAGCAAGCUGUACAGCCUGAAAGCUGUACUGGAGAGGCAGGCCUCUUACCGCUUUUACUCCAGCUCCUUGCUCAUCAUCUAUGAUGGGAAGGACGACUGGUCUGAGAUAUACAUGGAGCGCAGAGCAGAGAUGCGCCCGAAGCAAUUGGACAUCUCUCUCCCAGCGAGCCUAGAGGAUGGCAGCAGCACAGAAUCCAUCGCCUCCCAGCCCAAGGUGGAUGUGCGUAUGAUUGACUUUGCACACAGCACGUUCAAAGGUUUUCGGGAUGAUCCCACAGUGCACGAUGGCCCAGACAUGGGUUAUGUGUUUGGUUUAGAGAGCCUUAUGCAUAUAAUUGAACAGAUGCGGGAUGAGAACAAAUAACCUUGGGUGGAACUCUUCAAUUUUUGUCUCCCCAC